GUGUGGGAGGAGGCAGCGGGGGGGGCCGGGAGGCCGGGGCUUCUUAAGAGCCGGCCCGGUCAGCCUGUGGCACACCAUCACCAAGUGGCUAAACCCCCCGCCCCGGCUCGGCACUGUCAGGUGAUUGUCUCGUGGGAGAUUGAAGAAGAAGGAGCCCUCGAUUGAAAGAUGUGUGACGACGAAGAAAGCACUGCCCUUGUGUGUGACAACGGCUCCGGUCUGUGCAAGGCAGGCUUCGCCGGGGAUGAUGCCCCCCGUGCCGUCUUCCCCUCCAUCGUGGGUCGUGGGUGAGGCUCGCCCCAGACACCAGGGUGUGAUGGUGGGCAUGGGUCAGAAGGACAGUUAUGUGGGUGACGAGGCUCAGAGCAAGAGAGGUAUCCUGACACUCAAGUACCCCAUCGAGCACGGCAUCAUCACAAACUGGGACGACAUGGAGAAGAUUUGGCAUCAUUCCUUCUACAAUGAGUUGCGUGUGGCCCCUGAGGAGCACCCCACCCUGCUCACUGAGGCCCCCCUGAACCCCAAAGCCAACAGGGAGAAGAUGACCCAGAUCAUGUUUGAGACCUUCAACGUACCAGCCAUGUAUGUAGCUAUCCAAGCCGUGCUGUCCCUCUACGCCUCUGGUCGCACAACAGGCAUUGUCCUCGACUCUGGUGAUGGUGUCACCCACAACGUGCCCAUUUACGAGGGCUAUGCCCUUCCCCAUGCCAUCAUGCGCUUGGACCUGGCUGGCCGUGAUCUCACCGACUACCUCAUGAAGAUCCUGACGGAACGUGGCUACUCGUUUGUGACCACUGCGGAGAGAGAAAUUGUCCGUGACAUCAAGGAGAAGCUGUGCUACGUGGCUCUUGACUUUGAGAAUGAGAUGGCCACUGCCGCCUCCUCCUCCUCCCUGGAGAAGAGCUACGAGCUCCCUGACGGACAGGUCAUCACCAUUGGCAACGAGAGGUUCCGCUGCCCUGAAACCCUCUUCCAGCCUUCCUUCAUUGGUAUGGAGUCUGCUGGUAUCCAUGAAACCACUUACAACAGCAUCAUGAAGUGUGACAUUGACAUCCGCAAGGACCUGUACGCCAACAACGUCCUGUCUGGUGGCACCACCAUGUACCCUGGCAUUGCUGACCGCAUGCAGAAAGAGAUCACCGCCCUGGCCCCCAGCACCAUGAAGAUCAAGAUCAUCGCCCCUCCUGAGCGGAAGUACUCUGUCUGGAUCGGUGGCUCCAUCCUGGCAUCCCUCUCCACCUUCCAGCAGAUGUGGAUCAGCAAACAGGAGUACGACGAAGCCGGCCCCUCUAUCGUGCAUCGCAAGUGCUUCUAAGUGCACCCAGACCCACCCCUCCCACCCCCACCUCUACCCCCUACCCAGUCCUACUCCCGCCCAAACCACCGCGUCUUUCCCCCUGCCCCCCAACCCCCCCACCCCACUUCUAAUGUCUUUUGCUCUUGCUCUAUAGCCUGUAAACUGUGAACGCAGAGUCCUCCCCCCUCCCUCACCCCCAACCCUGUGCCCCCCCCCCCAUUCUCCCCUUCUGUGUCAUCUUUGCACUGCCCUCACCUGUGUGAAUGUGUUUUUUUUUUCCCUCUCGUUUUAAUGUUUUUGUUUUGUUGUUGUUUUGGACGAAUAAAAGACAACCAAAAAUGCUUGAAAGGUGCUGCCGAUAAGAAAUUGUUGGGGACUUUUUUUUUUUUUUCCUGUGGGGUAUGUGAGGAGGCUUGAUAAGAAUCUGGACUGGCUCGGAGAGGGGGAGGGGGGAGAGGGAGGGGGGUGUUAGUCACAGAGGGUGGCCUGCUCUGGUUCUGAUCUCAACCAAAUCUGGCCCACGACUGGCCCGGCUCCUUUCCAGAGUCAACUGUGAUCUGGGGCAUAUGGCAGUUGCUGUAACUAUACAGUUGCAGUGUUCCGGCUCUCUUGUGCAGUUCUGAAGGGGUGCUCCUCUUGAGCUCCCUCUAGUGUUCCACGAGCGACACUGUACCCCGGCCGCUUUCUCUCGAUGUGCGGUUGAAGCCUUGCAUGUGCUCUUUCACCACUGUAAGCUUUUGAGUUUGGAAAGGCAGGUGUUGUGAGAAUGUUAUCAUUCUGAUUGCCCCAGGAAAAAAAAAUAAUAAUAAUAAAAGCUCUGCUAAAAAGGAA